UAGAAAUUAAAUGGCUAAAUAAUAGUGUAUAUUCUUUCAAAAUUUUGAUAGACAUCAUCAAUUUUCCUUCAAAAAGCUGUGACAGAUUAUACUCUGAGUGAUAUAACAGGGUGCUCUCUAAAUAUUGGAAUGCAUUUUUAUGAAUCAAGACUGUUAUCCAUCUUCUGCUACAAUACUUUUGGUGAAGAAGAAUUUAGUAUCUCACAGGGUACAUUUUCCUAUUUUUGGCCAGUUUGAAUUGUUAGAAAGAUGUUUACAAAAGCCCUGGGCCAUUUUUCGCAAAAUAUGACUGCUCUGCAUACAAUUUUAAAUCAGUUUAGUUCCAUAAAUAUUUGUAGAAUGCUUACUCUAUGAUUUGCAAGAUUUUAGAGUAGUUUAAAAUUAAGAAGACAUGGUUCAUGUUUUCAAAAACACCCUCAGCCUAAUAGGGGAGAUAGACAUUUAAAAGAUAUUUUAAUACAUUAUGAGCUAUCCUAUAAUAUAGAAAAUGUAGAACUGCAAAGAAGGAACAUUAAUUCUACAGUUGUGGGUUAUAAUGGGAAUGUUUCACGGAAGAAAUGAUAACUUGUUUAGAAUUCCAUGGAAUAAUGGAAGUCUAUUAGGUCUAACAGGUGGGAAAUUGUGUUCAAAGCCAAGAGAACUGAAUGUGUAAUUGUAUGAUAAAAGGCAGUGUCUAAAUAUCCUUCCAUUAUUAAAUUAAUGUCUUUCUUAUAUGAAUAAGCCAACCAUUUGCCAUAUCUGCAUUAUGAAUUGCACAUUGCCCCUGCAGGUUAAAAAUGCCAUGUUAGCAGGAGCCAUAGGAAUCAUCCUGUACUCAGAUCCAGCUGACUACUUUGCUCCUGAGGUACAGCCAUAUCCCAAAGGAUGGAAUCUUCCUGGAACUGCAGCCCAGAGAGGAAAUGUGUUAAAUUUGAAUGGUGCUGGUGACCCACUCACUCCAGGCUAUCCAGCAAAAGAAUACACUUUCAGACUUGAUGUUGAAGAAGGAGUGGGAAUCCCCAAAAUACCUGUACAUCCCAUUGGAUAUAAUGAUGCAGAAAUAUUAUUACGCCACUUGGGAGGAAUGGCUCCACCAGAUGAGAGCUGGAAGGGAGCCUCAAUGUGAGUUAUAGUAUCGGACCUGGCUUUACAGGGAUAAUUCUUCCAGGUAAUUUUGCAUUACUUUAAUAGUCCUGAAAAAGUUUUAUAUUUUUACUGGAAACAUGUCAAGAUAACUGUUCUGCCAGGGAUAAUUUGCUUAUCUCUUUUUCUCUUUUUUAUUACUAAACAAUUAACAAUUUUACAUUACUUAAGAAGUACUUACAAAAUGAAAUAUGGGAUUCUUUCACUAGUAAUAUCACAAUAUUAGUUUCAUAGAAUCUCAAAAAUUACUACAUUUGAAUUCUAAGUUUUAACAUUUCAAAGAUUUUUCAAAAUUCUCUCUUCACCUAAUUUUUAAAAUCGUUUUUCAAAUGACUUUCAAAGUGAUAUACAUGUGAAAAACUAGGUGAAGGUGCUGGGUGUGGUGGCUCACGCCUGUAAUCCCAGCAUUUGGGAGGCGAGGCAGGCGGAUCACCUGAGGUU